CCUGGAGGAGCUGGACAUGUCCCGCAACAACCUGUCCGGCGAGUUCCCACGCUUUCUGCAAGACCUACGGUACCUGCGUCUGCUGAACCUGUCCUUGAACCUUCUCGCCGGUGAGGUGCCGGUCAAGGGAGUCUUCACCAACGCGACGGCCGUCCACCUCACCGGGAAUGGCCAUCUAUGUGGCGGCAUUGGGGAAUUGGGCCUGCCGGCCUGUACAACUACAACCAACGCGGCGAGGGAUAAAGGUAAAUCGCUUGCUCUGAAACUGGCCGUUCCAAUGGCGUGCAUAGCCUUGGCCAGCAUUGUCGUUUGGGCCUCUGUGGUGGCUUGUCGCCGGAAAAUGGCUCCGCCAAAAGUGGCAAAUCCAUUGGAGGUGGAGGAGUUGCACUGGAAAGUCUCAUACGCCCCGCUCUCCAACGCCACCAACGGCUUCUCCGCGGACAACUUGAUUGGCGCCGGCUCGCACGGGUCAGUGUACCGAGGCACCAUGUCCCACGAGGGCACCGAGUGCGCCGUGGCCGUGAAGGUCCUCAGCCUCGGGCAGCGAGGCGCGCUCGCAACCUUCGCCGCGGAGUGUGAGGCCCUGCGGCACGCUCGCCACCGCGACCUCGUCAGGAUUCUGACCGUGUGCGCGAGCGUGGACGGCAGAGGGGACGAGUUCAAGGCUCUGGUGUACGGGCACAUGCCCAACGGGAGCCUGGAGAGGUGGCUGCACCAGGAGCCCAGGACGCUGACCCUCGUGCAGCGGCUGAACAUCGCCGUGGACGUGGCGUCGGCGCUGGAUUACCUUCACACCAACUGCGAGGCGCCGAUCGCGCACUGUGAUCUCAAGCCGAGCAACGUGCUUCUGGACGACGACAUGGUUGCCCGCGUCGGCGACUUCGGUCUGGCGAGAUUUCUCGGCGGCGCUGACCCGAGUGGCCAAGCCAGCUCCGUGAUCCUCAAGGGUUCCAUCGGUUACAUUGCCCCAGAGUACGGGAUGGGCCUGCAAGCAUGCGCCGGCGGCGACGCGUACAGCUACGGGAUUCUUCUGCUGGAGAUGGUCACCGGAAAGAGGCCUACCGACACUAUGUUCUUGGAAGGGCUGACCCUCACGAGGUUCGUCGAGGAGGCCUGCUCCGGAGGCGGCAUCUUGUCCGUCAUCGAUCCGCGGCUGCUCGGCGAUGUAGGUGGACACCCGCCGCAGGUUGAGCGGUGCCUGGUGUCAGUGGCGAGGAUCGGCAUAUCGUGUGCGAGUGAGCUGCCGGCGGAGCGGCCCGCUAUGAAACAAGUGGCGAAUGAGCUUGGAAAAGUCCGAACAUCUCUACUUCUAAUGGACGACUUGGUGAAUAGUCUGCGUGAUUUAUUUUCGCUGGUUUUUUUUCGUCAUCCUCACACCUCCGUUUUAUUUUCGUCAUCCUCCCACCUCCGUUAACUCGCUACCCUUCUGCGAAAAAAACCCAGAUCACAUAGUAGAAGCAUCCUCCCACCUCCGUUAACUCGCUACCCUCCUGCGAAAAAAACCAGGCCAAUCCAACUCCUCUCUCAAUCCAAUCCUCCCACGCCCGGUUGCCUGCCGGCGAGCCGCCACCGGCAGGGUCGCCGCCGGCCCCGCCGUGCUCGCUCCUCCUCAAUACCUCUCCACCACCGCCGUUGCCUGCGCCCCUGCCGCGUACGUCUCACGCGUGCCUUAGCUGCGACGGGCUCGUUCACAGCAGCUGCCGCAUGCGCCCGCCCGGCGAGCUCCGCCGCCAGCCGUCACCUCGCUGCCCUACGUCUCCCAGCCUCCGCGCCAGCCCGUCCCCGACCUCCCUUGCGCCCGCUGCCAUGUCGAGCAGAUGCCGCAGCCCAAAUCUUGAGCCAGGGAAACCCUAAUCGCCCCAGAACUAUAAGGCGCCGCCAGCACGCAUUUCCCAAACCCUUGCGCCACAACCAGAUGACAGGUAAGGGAGGAGAAGAGCAGCAGCGAAGAUGGUGUCGCUAAAGCUGCAGAAGCGCCAGCCGCCAGGCCUCGAGCGUCCUCAAGUGCGGCAAGGGCAAGGUUUGGAUCGACCCCAAUGGGGUCAAUCCACCCCCUCCCUCUCCCUCCCUCGCCCCGCAUCUCGAUUUUCUCGCGUAUUCCGCAGAUCUGUGGGGAGGUGGUGAUCCGUGCGGUUUAGGUGGUUCGAGGCGGGUAGAUCCCUGCUUUCUUGUGCCACGCUUGCUCAUAGAUCACAUGAGCAGCCUUGGGUUGCCGGGAUUAGUGUUCUUGGGGUAGCUGAUUUUUUAGCUGAAACAUCAUAUAGCUGACCACUCUAUGGAUUUGAUUUUGUUCUGAUGUCCCGUGAUAGCUAUGGCACUAUGAUGUUGCCACUCUGAUCGUGUUUCAGAUAGCAGAUGAAUCAGAGUCACGUGGAUGCUUGUAAAACGCGAGUCACUUAGAUUGAGCAUCCACGCUUGCUCUUAUUUUUCUGUUGUGUGGUUAAUGCAUCUCCAAGUGUUUCACCCUAUUAAAUUACUAGCUUAUCUGCCAGGAUUUGAUAGUACGAAUCUAUAUAGGUCCAGUCAAGUCUAAUGUAAUUGUUUGUGCAUAUAGUUCAAUAUUAUGGGGUCUCUCCAUGUUAUGAAUAUGUUUCCUUGCGGGGCACUGGCAGACUGCAAAACACGUACAACAAGAGUUCGAACAUAGAUUAAGCUAUCCUUGAAAGCAUGUUUCUCCAAUAGCUUAGCCAUGCUAACUCCUUGAAGUUAAUUCUACUGAUGAAGCUAAUCGAGUUGCUGCUUCUGAUGUUGCUUUACCUUGAUGUGCAAUUGACUUCUAACAAUGAAACUAAUAGAGUUGUUGGUUUCGGUGUUCCUUUACCUUCAUGUGCACUAACACAGCAGCAUAGUUGGAUUAUACUAAAGUGGUUGCGCCAUUAGCUUAGCCAUGAUAACUCCAUGUAAAUCUUCUGCCAGUGACAGAGUUUAGGUGUUAUUUUACCUUUUAACGCAUUAACACGUGUAUAAGUCGUCUUGUCUGUUAAGGUUCAAUUGUCGCUUCAUUUUGUGAAUGUCAAUCUCGUGGACCUAGCUCCCAAUUAUGUUCCUCAGUUUGUAUUAGUAAAUUUGUAGUUCACACGCACUUGAAUGUCAGGUAUUGCAGUCACAUCCAUUCUUAUGCUAUAUGUUGUUUGUUUAUAACAGACAGUUUUUGUGUUAGUUUUAACUCAUAUUUCUGCAUACUUUGUACCUGUUCUGUUCUUUCAAUUCAUGUCUAAUGUCUUCCAUUAACUCUCCACGGAGGUGCUGGCGGGCCGGUACAUACGUCAGUGCAUCAUCUAUCUCAUACUCUCAGUCACAUACUCACAUCUAUGAUAAUUGGAGUAUAUUCAUCUCCAAUUACAGCCUCAUAUUUUUUUGGAUAUUCAUUUACAGCCCGAUCUACUUGGAUGUGCAGAUCUGGGAGUUUGAACAAUUCACCAAGAGAAGCCAGUUCGUGUAUAACAGAAUGGGUGGAAUUUAUCAUGAGAUCCUACCCAAAUUUGAGUACUUCUCCAAGGCACUGUACACCUUCCAUUUUGCCCAAAACGAUCUCGCCUUGGGCUACUUCACCAAUAAGACCACCAAACAGAUUGAGGCCUAUGACCCCGAUCCGAAGGAGCGGUUCACUGUGGCAAUGCAGCUGAGCUCAUACUGUACCUCAGGACAUGAACUGCAAGUGGUGCUAGGGUUUGAUUGCUGGAUGGAACAACACCAAGAACGUGCGUUAUUACUCCAGACACAUGGAAGCAAAGGCACGGCGCCGCCCGCGUGGCCUGAUUAGCGAUCAACCACACGUAUGAUAUACAUGUAUAUACUUGUCGAUCAUACAUACAUGUGUACCCACAUAUUCUUGAUUAGUUGGUUAAUAUAUAAAUAGAUUCUUAAUUGGUCUAUCAGUUCGUGUGAUGUUCUGAAUGAAAAGAAAAUUACUGGGGAGUUAUUGCAUGGAAUAAUUUUGUGGUAAUGGUCUUGCAAUCAAAACAAAC